UCUGAUCCAGACGACCUGGUAGUAGAGUUAGAGCCCGGAGAUUCUGAUGAUGGUCGCGACGCUAUGCUGCGCCGCGUCCCCCUCCCCCUCCACCUCCGCCUUCGAGUGCUCCUGCUUCCACUGCAGCCGCUGCGCAACAUCCCUCCCACCUACAGAUUGUCCUGGACAUGGCGAGGAGGGGACUCGAGAGAUAGUUGACAAGGGAGACGACGACGACGACGAUAACAGGGAGGGGUACGAAGGCAGCAGUGAGGACGAGGAUGAUCCCGGCUAUUCCCUGAAACAUGUACGUGGUGACGACGACGACGACGGCGGAGAUGGUACACAGGCUGCAGGUGGUAUGCGGACGUCGGUUCGACAGUGUGCCGACCGAUGCAGUGGUGCAGGCAAGGGAGGCAGUGGUGCAGGCACGGGUGUGGGGGGAGGCAGUGGUGCAGGCAGGGGAGGAAGUGGUGCAGGCCAUGGUGGCGGAGGACGGGCGAGGCGAGAGUCUGCAUCGUUCACUCACACUGUGMACUGGGUUGAUGAGGGUGCGGCRACAGUAGAGGUCGGCGYCRGGUCGGCAGAGUUUGGUGCUGCGUCGGCAGAGGUCGCUGCAGAGGCCKCUCCCUCCGYUGCAGAGUUUGCAGGAGCGUCKGAGGAGGUYGYUGGCGAGGCUGCACAGGUUCGGAGGACUUCUGCGCAGUUGAGUGCCAGUUUCAGUGGUAUUUUAAAUGUUUCGUUAGAGCUUCCUCCGACACCGGCAGGCGAGCGUGGCAGUGGUGAUGCGGACGCAGCAGCUACGCCCGUCAGUCAGAUACUCCGGGAUAUACCUUCAUGCAACAUGGGUGACAUUAGUAGCAGCAUGUUGCAGGAGGCAGGAGAAGGGACACAGGGUUCGUCGGGGCAGCAGGAGCGUACAGUAGGGAAUGAUGGGGAUUGCCGACCUAUGCAGGAGCGAGCGCCAAAGUCGGAGCAGGAUAGAAUCGACCGCGAGGAGAGGGAGAGGGCGCAGGACUUGGCUAGUCGUUGCGAGAUGACACAGAGUAUUGCGUCGAGGGCACGGACAGAGCGGAUGCUCGAGAUGGGCGGUGCCAUGACGGUGGGGGAGUUGGAGCGGCAGGCACGGGAGGACCCAUUGCAGGCAGAUCGACGCGGACGGAUGGAUGAGGCGUCGAGGAGGUUCAUGGAAGAGGGCCCGGCUUACGUGCCGUGCAGCCCGUUACUGCAAUCGUCCACCACAGAUGCUACUACCCCCAUACAUGCUGAGGGUCCAGUCACGGGACGGAUUCCCGCACCGACACCUGCAGAGUCUCCGUCUCCCAAAUCACGAAAGAAGAAGAUGAGAGUAGGAAAGAGUUUUAGUAUUGUGAGGAGAGUGACACAGUCGAUGCGGGAGAGUCAGCCCGGGUUGGCCGUUUUACAUCCGCGGACUCGGGAGGCAUUGGCCGGGGACGUUGUCACGGAGACAGCAGUGAGUUCGUGUUGUGGUUUAUGUGAGGACAUUGGGGCUAAUGUGUGCAGUGUGCAGUGCGGGGAGGUUGCUUCUGAAGGCGGCGUUAGCGACGGUAGGUUCAGUGCCGCGACCGUUAGGUUUUGUGCCCAUGUUUUAAUGGCCAUCGUAGUGCAUGAACUUCGCCAUCGUYGUGGAGAUGGUUAUGGUCUCGAUUUUAAGUUUAGYCGCCGUGUUACUAGUGAGUCYGCUCKUCAUUACCGGGUGAUGGCGGAUCGGCAGAAGGUUUUAAAAUUGUGCGAGGGAUUAGGGUAUGCRGACGGGUUAUUGUGUGAGGUCACGGUAUACGUGACGAAAACUUCUGAGGAUAUUCCGGAUGAGGUGCCAAGCGGCGGCGUGGACGUAUUGGCAGAGAUGGUCAAUCUUGUGACGAGUGAUCUUCUUAAGGAACAUGCAGACAGCCAGAUCGAUUUCGUCGAGUGGGAAGUGAUACUAACCUUACCUUUACGUGGUCGUCAUUAUAUGCGUGGGGUGCUGCGAAUCGGGGAAGGUUACGAUAGGUGAGGGAGGUGGGUUUUAGUGGCGAUGAUCCACGUUUGUGAUUGGUAUAUCGGAUGGAAGGCGAGUGCGGCGAGACCACAG